UCUAAAUACAAUAUGGUGGCCUGUUGAUAAAAACACAAAUUUUGUAUUUCUCCGUGUGUUUCUUUUCAGAAUUAUUUAAUUUCUAUAAACUGACAACAUUUCAAAAUGUCCGAUUCCAAUCGUGUCAGCAAAAUUCAAACAGUCACUGGUCUAAUUUCACCAGAAGAAUUAGGUCAGACUUUAACCCACGAACAUCUGUCAAUCAACGCCAGUUCUUUCUUCGUUGAUCCUUGUCAACCUCGAUUUAAAGACAACAUCAACAAGCCUUUCACACUGGAGAAUUAUGGGUGGAUCCAACAUAACCCUUAUAGUCAUAAACCUAAUCUACAGAUAGACACACCAGAAGAACAAACAGUUAUACAAGAACUCAAAUAUUUUAAAGAGAAUGGAGGUGAUGCAAUGGUAGAGAACUCAACAAUAGGUUUACAUGCUGAUGUUGAAUUUUUAAAACGUGCUUCUGAAGAGACUGGUGUUAAAAUUAUUGCUUCUACAGGGUUUUAUGUUGAUAGUUUUCAAAGUGAAGAAAUAAAACAACUAUCAAUAGAGAAGUUGUGUGGUAGGAUACAGCAAGAUUUAACACAAGGUGUGGAAGGUACAGGUAUCAAAUGUGGUGUAAUUGGUGAAGUGGGUUGUACCUGGCCAUUAACAGAUUUUGAAAAGAGAUCAAUUCGUGCUGCGGCUAUCUCACAACAAGAUCACGGAGCACCAGUCAUCUUCCAUCCAGGUAGAAAUCAGGAAGCGCCUUUUGAAAUUCUACGAAUAUUUACCGAGGCUGGCGGCAAGGCGGAACAUUCUGUUAUGUCACAUCUAGAUAGAACACUCUUAGAUGAAUCAAAAUUGUUAGAAUUUGCUCGUCAGGGGAUGUACUGUGAAUAUGACCAUUUUGGCAUCGAGGUCUCAGACUAUAAGCUCUGUCCUACAGUCGACAUGCCAACUGAUGCUCAGCGAAUCAAGGCUAUUCGAUGUCUGAUAGAUAAUGCUUUCGAAGAUAAAAUAUUGAUAGCUCAUGAUAUUCACACUAAACAUAGAUUGAUGAAAUAUGGUGGUCAUGGAUUUUCACAUAUUCUCAUCAAUGUUCUACCUCAUAUGAAAAGAAGGGGGAUAACUCAGCAACACAUUGAUAAAAUAUUGGUGCAGAACCCUAGAAAAUGGUUGACGUUUACAAAAUGAAGGAAUUCCUGAUGAUUAUUUUUAAACCUCUGCUCAAAUAAAAUCAAAUCAGAUGAUUGAAGAUUGAAAAAUAUAUACAUAUUAUAAUAAAAUCUGUAAAUCAGGGGGGGUUGGAUGGCUGAAUGGUUAGCGUGCGCGCGCUGUAUCAUAAAGUCUGUCAUUGAGUCGACUGGCGUGGUUUCGAAUCCCCGCUUGUACGUGGCAAGGAGUAGGGUCGCCUGUCCAACCUCGUGGGUUUUCUCCGGGACCUCCGGUUUCCUCCCACUGCUAAAGACCCCUACGCGCAAGCGAAUUAUGUAAAUAAAAUUAAACCAUAUGUUAGUCCCGAAAUGACCUUGUUUGUGUCGAGUGGACGUUAAACCCCAUUUCUCUCUCUCUCUCUGUAAAUCAGAAUUGUAAUAUGCAAAUAUGAAGAAUGUGGGGACACUUCGGGAUUAAAUCUUAUGAAAUUGUAUAGCCAUUAGUUGAGUUGGGAGCCUUAGAGUCUAUGCAAAUAAGCAUUUUAUAAAGGCAGUUCUUUAGCCGUCUCUCUGUUCACCAUUAAACGGAAGCAGUUGCUCCGGUGAUAUAGGUCCAUCUGAGACCUAUUUCGUGCUCCGGUCCCCGACGACUAUAUCUCACUUAAGCCUGAUGAGUUCGAAUUGAAUGGAACUAGUCGCUUCAUGAGAGAAAUCAGGGAUGGCGACUCGCCACUCAUAGAUUUCUAAUUUUAUUAGCUAUACAGUAUCAAACAUGGAUGUGUUUAUACAGAUUUGAUAGAAGUGAAAUAAGUGGUACUUUUCUCAUACAAAGAUUACAAUGGUCAACCAGCAAAAUGUUGUGUUACAUUUUCGGAUGCCUAACCAACUUCUAAUGCUAGGUUUCCACUAUCACGAUUCGCGCUACGAUUGAAAUCGUGGUUUUAAUCGUGGAGUAAUCAGAUCUUAUCAUAUAUUGAGGUUACUCGUGGUAAUCGUGUGGAUCGUAUCGAAACGUAUCCAAACAUAUCUUCACAUACCAGGGACAAUCAAUAGGGACAAUCCUAUCGUAAAGCAUGGCACGACAGUGGAAACCUAGCAUUAGGCUUGCACGGAUGGGUUUCUCAGUGGGCAUUCAAAUGAAUAAAAUAUAAAUAACAAGAUAGCAUUAAAGGCUCAAUACCACUCUCGUUGUAACUGAAUAAUAUGUCCCAAUCUUUAUUCUGGUCAACAAAUUGUACUAUUUUACAAUAUUCCAAUUAAUUGAUGAUACAAAUUUCAUCUUAACACACCUAAUUAAAAAAAUUGGAAAAAUUCAAUUAAAUGAUUUGAAAAGCCUGACGUAAAGCUUUUCAAAUGUGACUUGGAUUUUAAAAUAUUUUCGAACCCUCUGGACAAGUAAAAUAGGAUGUAAUGGAUUAUUUACACAACAGGUAGGACACUUAAACAUCUUGUACUUAGAAUAAGGCUAUUUUUUUAUUUUCUGGAGCUGUCAAGCCAGCAAGAGUGUUAUUGUCCCUUUAAUGUAAUUAUCAUGAUUUAAUGUAAUUUUAUAUCAAGAAUAUAAUUUAACCAAAAUUAAUUAUGUAUUUUUCCAUUGACAUUGAUUAAAACCAAUAAAGGCCAUUUUGGCUUCAACAUCUGUGAUAAACUGGAAUAAACAGGCCACAAUUCUAUAGAAUACAAUUACUGCUUACUACUGAGUGACGUUUCCACUAGGCUUCUCUAGUCAUUAUCAUUGCUUGAUAAUGACUAGAGAAGCGUCACUCAGUAAUAAGCAGUAAUUGUAUUCUAUAGAACUGUGACCUGUUUAUCCAAGUUCAAUUACUAAAAGCCAUUGAAAUAAUUCAACAUCUGUGGCUUAUGGAGAAGGGUCAGUCUGUUGAUUAAAAUACAAGUUUGAUUGAUUUUGAGAAUUUUAAAUUAACCGACAUUUAUUAAUGGAUAUAAUUCAUCUCUACUUUGUUAUAAUUUUAUAUCUAAAUAAAAUGUUAACAUAUUUAAUAUAAUAUGUGUGUUUUGGUGUAUAUCUAAAUUUAAAAUGUUAACUUAUCUGAUAUAAUAUAUGGAGAAAAGUAAUCCCCCAGGAACACAUCAACAAGACUGCUACGGAAUAGGACGUGUUUCAGGCUUAAUAGCAGCAGGCCUUUAUCAACUGGAUUAUGAAUAGUCCAGUCAAUUAGUGAAACAAUGGGGGUCAACCCCCCAAAAAAUGCAAGAAAAGGUUUUUUGAUGAUUUUGGUAGCUUUGGGUGUACUGAAUGAUGUCCUAAAAGUUUACCAAAAUUGGAGUACCUGAAAGUCCCAAGUUUUGAGGGUAAAAUUUGGGAUUUGAACCAUUUUCCUUUAAAGGCUCAAAACCACUCUUGUUGUAACUGAAUAAUAUGCCCCAAUCUUUAUUCUGGUCAACAAAUUGUACUAUUUUACAAUAUUUCAAUUAAUUGAUGAUACAAAUUUCAUCUUAACACGCCUAAUUUAAAAAAUUGAAAAAUUCAAAUAAAUGAUUUGAAAAGCCUGACGUAAAGCUUUUAAAAUGUGACUUGGAUUUAAAAACAUUUUUGAACCCUUUGGACAAGUAAAAUAGGAUUUAAUGGAUAAUUUACACAACAGGUAGGAC